AUGGUUCCAGACGUGCUGCUCGAAUGCGAGAUGCUCGUUGCACUGCUCGUUUCACUCGUAGGCGUGAGGCUGCUGAUGCUUUGUCCCGUCUUGAUGCGCAACGUCAUGAUGGUAGGUCUCGCCGUCCUGCCCUGUGUCGAGGUUCUGGUCUCUGGCGUGCUUCUGUCAGACGUGGUGGUCACUGUACUGGUCGUCUCACUCGUAGACGUCAGGCUGUUGGUGCAGGAUCCUAUCGUACUGCGCAGCGUUGCGGUUCUCGGCUCCGUCGCGUUUCGGAAUCCCGUAGCGCUGCACGUAGUGGUGGUUCUCUUCUCUGUCGUGCUGCAUAGUGUCCCAGUGCUGGUCGCGCAGGAGCUGCUGGUGGAUGUGCUGCUCGUAGCGCUGGUCAUCGCAGUCGUGAGUGGGAGGCUGCUGGUGCCCACGUACGCGAGCCCUGGUGGGCUGGCCAUGCAUUUCGUUGCGCUGCUCGUCACGCUCAUGAAUGUGAGGGUGUUGGUGCCGCUCAGUGUUGAGGCGCUGGUGCCAGGCGUGCUGGUGACAGACGUGCUGCUGGGUGUGGGGGUGCUUGAUACCGUCGUGCUGCCCAGCAUCGUAGUGCUCGAUGCCGUCGCGUUGCUCCGCCUGUAUCCCGCCGUGCAACUCGACGCAUUAGUGCUCGAUGUCGUCGUGCAGAAAGACGUCGCGACGUUCCCCGUCGUGCUGCUCCCAGCCGCGAUGCUCGUGGCACUGCUCGUCUCACUGGUGGUUGUCCCUGACGUGCUGCUCGAGGACGUGGUGCUUUUCGUACUGCUCACCACUCUCGUGCUGAGGCUGUUGGUGCUGGAUCCCGUCGCACUGCCCAACGCCGUGGUGAUCAACCGCAUCGCGUUCUCCGCUGUCGAGGUGCUGGCCACAGCCGUGCUGCUGCGUUUCUGCUGCCGCGAGCUAAGUUCCAGGGUGUCCGUGAGCCCUGUCAGUGCCGCAGUCGUUGGUGCGACGGUGGGCUUUGGAGGUGUGGGCUCAGGCCCUGGCACGGGCUGGCGCAUGUGCGCCAGCGGGCCUUGCGGCUUAGCCGCGGGUUCUGCCGUCAACGAGGACGACACCAGCACUGGUUCUGGUUUUGCAGCUAGUGACGGUGCCGCGCUGGCCAGUCAUGGGGUCCUUCAGCUGGUUGACGACCGUGACUUGGGCGCCUCCCUGGCCGGGCGGGGCGCAGGUGGCGGGGAGAGGUUCGUGGCGUCGGGUGGCGCCUCGGCCCCGGUGGCCUCGGCGCGUGCCCCGGACGGCCGCGUUUCGGUGCCGCGGCCGGUCCACCUGGGCACCCGCGCUGCCUGGCACUCCGCUCGGCGGGCCCACCUCGUCGCAGUGGCGUUCGGCCUCGUGCUCGACGACCCCGGCGUGAUGUCCGUGCUCGGCGUCCCGCGCUGCAAGCGCUUCUCGACGGCCCUCAUCGAGGACGGCGUCAUCAAGACCCUCAACGUCUCGGCCGCGGAGGGCGACCCCGCGGGCGACGACGACCCGUCGGCGUCCCUCGUGGAGAAGAUGCUGCAGGAGCGGCGCCACGAGCGCCCCGCAGACCGGCCAGAGGCCGCUUCGGGGGCUGGCCUGGACCGCUCUGCGGGCGCGCGCUCGGGGCUGCCGUGGGCCACCUCGCGGCGAGCCCCCGACACGGCAGGGCGGCGCAACGGAGAGGCCAAAAGCCGCCGAGAAUCGAAGCAGCCGUCGAAGGUGGACCCGAGCAAGCACCGGGAGAUUCGGCGGGCCUCGUUCACAACCUCGCACCUCACCGCGACGUCUUCCAUUCGAACGUUGAGGUACUUCAAGCACGCGCGGUGGAGCUUGUGCCAUCUCUUCAACCGCGCCAUGGCCACGCUCCUGCAGCAUCUGCGCCGCGGCCUCCUCGACCGCGCGGCGAAAGUCGUCAGCGUGGACCUUGCUGCGCAGCGCCUGGCCAAGGCCAGCGAAGUCCCAGCGCGGUUGGCGCACGGCGCCCUGCCAGUGGCGCUGGCCCUGCCGCAGGCCGCGAGCACCAUCACCAGGCCCGUGCUCAUGCAGCUCGCGGACGGCCUGGAUCAGCACUGGGCUGGCCGGCACGGGGAGGACAAGAGGGACUCAGCCAAGGCGGGCGACACCAGCCCCAGGAAGAAGACCCUGGGCGGCGCGUUCGGCCGCGCCCGCGGCGACGCCCUGGGCCUGGUGGCCGCCCGCGUCGUGCGGACGCUGCCGCAGCUGGAGCCGCGGCUGCUGCUGCACCUGGCCUCCGCGGACCAGCUGGUGCGCUGCGUGGGGCUCAUGUUCGCCUCGCCGCCGCACGCGCCGCUCUCGCUGCCGCCCCCGCCUGCCAGGCAGCCGCGGUGUGCCUCCGCCGCCUCGGGCGCCUCCGCGCGCGGCGACGGCGGCGAGGACGCUGACGACGACGCGUCCGCGGACGACGAGGGCGGGCCCCGGGGCGCCGUGGUGCCGCUGCGCGCCGCGGGCCUGGGCGUGCCGCGGGCGCAGCUGGCGGAGCUGUUCCGCGCCGUCGUGGCCUGCAUCGAGGCGAGCCCGCUGCGCCCGCCCCCGCUGCAGGGCCUGCCGCGCCUGGGCGCCGCAGCAGGCGCGCCGCUCCCGCGCCGCCGCCGCCGGGCAGCCCUCCCGCCGGGAGGCGCCGGAGCUCCCGCGCGGGGCGCCGCUGGUUGUGGAGCCGCCCGGCCUGCUCGGAGGCGAUGCCGCCAGCAACGCCGGCGACAGCGUCGCUGCAGACGGCGGCGCCGUGCCGCAGCCAAGGCGGGCGUCUCAGGACGCCCCGUCGGCCGCGGGCUCCGCGGCGGCGUCGCGCUCCGUCCUCGAGGCUCCCUCCCUGCUGCACGACGCGCCCGCGCUGCUGCCCGGGCCCGAGGCGCCCAGCGGCCCCCGCCCCGACGCGCAGCCCGACCUCGGCGGCAGGGGCAGGCCGGAGACGCUGCUGCAGCUGGAGUGGUCUCGCCAGCGGCGGGCGGUGCAGCUCUGGGCGGCGGAGGUCCUCGAGGAGGCCAGGCUGCUGCUGGGGGCCAUCGAGGAGGGCCCUGGUCGCCUGCCCGAGCGCCAGGCGCUGAAGCUGAGGUACCUGCUGCACGCGCUGGAGGUGGCUGGAGGGGCCUCCGCCGGCGACGCGCCGCCGCAGGCUGGCGGCGGCGCGCUGCCAGGCACGUGCCCGCUGGGCGUGGCCGCCGCGGCGGACGGC